CAAACGAUGAUCAUGAUACAAUCAAGCAGUGAAACAGAUGGGCUGCAGUGAAAUAACCAAUCAAAGAAUGUUACAUAUAUCAUAUAUUGGAUGAUUAAAUAAGUAACUGGAGCAACAGUUGAAUAAAAUUCUGCAAUCUCUAAAAAUCGGAAGUGUUUCCACAAUUUUGGUCAUAGUGUAAAAUAUUUCAUACCCUUUCAAGCCAUUUCAAAAUGCAAAAUUAAAAUGAAUAUCAUUAAUUCGCAGAUCGAGUAUCGCAGUUUGUGAUCCCAUUGAUAUUCUGUGAGUGAUUAUCUCCUCCCCUCCACCCUCUACUCCCCUCCUCCCACAGCCGCACACACUGGCUAUUGCUAAAAGCUUUUAAAAUGUCACAUAUUGGACACAUGCCUGGAACGACGACACGUCACCCCGGCAACAAAAUGCCCUGGCGUCUCGAUCCAUGACCAAUCAAGCUCUACAUUUUGACUGCUGUCUGCACCGGCUUAGUUUAUUGGCUUUCAGCUAAAAGCUUUUUGCUGCAGAGCUAGAGAGAGAGAGAAAGAUGGGGGGGGGGGGAGAGUGAGAGAGAGCGAGUGCUCAUAGAUGGUUGCCAGGGCAACUUGACAUCACCAUGACGAACUUCCCCACUUAAAAGCUUUUAACCGGAUCUCUCCACAGUCCCAGGCCCCAUUUCUAGGCCUCUCAGCUGAGCCGGUAGGAAGAGCCUGAAAAGUGGACCUUAGCUGCUUUUGAGGCACGCAGGCAAAAUCUUCUCUUCCUUUAUUUAUACUCUUCCUCAAAGAAAAAGCAAUCUGUUUCUGUACAACAAAACAAAGGUCUGUAUUUACAAACAAGAUGGCCGCCGAGGACAACCUGGGUCUCAUGCAGUCAGGUCAAAGCGAGAAGCACAGACGGGCCAGGAACUGGACGGACGCAGAAAUGAAGGGCCUCGUCUACGUGUGGGAAGAGUUCAUCACUGAGCUCCGGAAGGCCAAGAGGAACGCCAAGAUCUACGAGAAGAUGGCCAAGAGGUUCUUCGAGCUCACGGGCGAGCAUCGCCACAGAGAGGAAAUUAAGAUGAAAAUAACAAAUAUGACUUUCCAGUACAGGAAAAUGAAGUGUGUGACUAACGGCAGCACCCCGUCGCCUGAGUGGCCGUACUUCAGGGCCAUCGACCGGAUACUGUCCCAGACCCUUGACUUGAAUGGGCUGCCCAGCUGUGACCUCCAGCCUACACCACCUCCAUCCGCACCCCAGCCCGAGUCCAAGUCUGUGCCCACCGAGCCAUCCCCCUCAGGCUUUAUUCCGGAGUACACAGGAUCUUCUGAGGAACAGGAGCCUCCAGAAGAGGGGGGGCAUUCAGAGAGCUCAGCCAGCCUGCAGUCACCAGAGUCCAGGUCACCUCAGGCACCCAUCAGGAGGAAGAAGAUCCAGUGCCUGAGCCUGAAAAGGAGGAAGCUGCGUGUCCUGGAAGCCAUGCUUCAGGAGCAAAGAAAGGCAGGCCGCAAUCUCGAGGAGGUCUGCCGGGAGGUGCGGCGUGUCAUGCACCAGCAAAAUUUCCUGCAGGUACAAAGCCUGCAGCUCCAGGAGCGCAUGAUGAACCUCCUGGAGAAGAUGAUCUCACCGCCCACACAGCCCCCGGCCUGGGUCUCUACUGGAGCCAGGGAGCCUGGGCCAAGCCAAGCCUGAUCAUGUAGCAUCACCCCACCCACAUGCACACAGACACACUUCAUGACACUAAAAUGUCACUUGUUGCAUGUACAACAGGCUUAAGUAGCAGUGAGAUCUACAGAAAUAUAUAUAUACCAGUGUUCCCCAAUCUGGUUCUCGGGGACCCACAGUUGGUGGGUUUAGAACUUUGCCAGACCGACAGUGAAUAUUUCCCCCUUGUGCUGAAUAUAUGCACAUAUGUACCUACAUAUUCCAACCACACAUGCUUAAUUCAUCUCAGGCAAUAUGAUAGCACUGUGAUCAUCAAUAUUAAACAAACUGCAACAAAAAUGUCUUAUUGCUCUUUGUUUUUUGUGUGAAACACAAGAAUGUCUUUUUG